AUGGCAGCGACAAUCUUCAUCGACGGCGAACAUGGGACGACCGGACUGCAAAUCCGCGACCGGCUUGCGGCGCGGUCCGACAUCGCGCUCCUUUCGCUUGCCGAAGCUGACAGGCGCGACAUGGACAAGCGCACCGCGCUGUUGCGCGAGGCGGAUAUUGCGAUCUUGUGUCUGCCCGACGAUGCGGCCCGCGAGGCCGUCAGACUGGCCGAUGGCGCCGGCACGCGCUUCAUCGAUGCAUCGACCGCGCACCGCACCGAUCCUGAUUGGGUCUACGGCUUUGCCGAGGCCGAACCGGGCCAGGCAACCCGCAUCGCCGAAGCGCAGUUCGUCUCCAAUCCGGGCUGCUAUUCGACCGGCGCGAUCGGGCUUUUGCGGCCGCUCGUUUUGGCCGGCAUCCUGCCGGUGGAUUAUCCGGUGACCAUCAACGCGGUCUCCGGCUAUUCGGGUGGCGGCAAGCAGAUGAUCCGGCAGAUGGAGGACCAGGCCGCCGACGACCGGAUCGCCGCGCCGUUCUUUGCCUAUGCGCUGCCGCUGCGGCACAAGCAUGUGCCCGAGAUCUUGGAGCGGUCGGGCCUGACCGCCCGGCCCGUCUUCACACCAUCGGUGGGCCGGUUCGCACAAGGCAUGCUGGUCAAUGUGCCGCUGCUGUCGGCGCAUAUGAACGACCAUGCGCCGAUGGAACGCGUGCAUGAAGCGCUGGAAAACCAUUAUUCCGGCCAGACGAUCGUCGAGGUGGUCGAACUGGAUCAGAGCGCGGCGACGGUGCGCAUCGAUGCCACCGAGAUGGCUGGCACCGACCGGAUGAAGCUCUAUGUGUGCGGCACGCCGGGCGACGGGCAGAUGAACCUCAUCGCCUCGCUCGACAAUCUCGGCAAGGGCGCGUCCGGCGCCGCCGUGCAGAACCUCGACCUGAUGAUCGGCGCCUGA